UCCCCUUUUUCAUAAAAUGAAAAUGUUUAAAAUUAUAACAUUUCAACGACGUCAUAUUGCAUGCGUCAUGCUGAGGAGUGAAGGCCUGAAUAAUGGAGAUCCGUGGUAGGUUAUGGCGGCAGCAUAAUAACAAAUGGUUUUCCCUUCCUCACCGUUAGAUUCCAUCUCGAAGAUAAGAUCAACCAAAACUAUAAUAGUACUGUCAAUUUGUUAUUAAAGUGAUUCUAACGUCAGGACUGAUUUUUUCUUAUUGGUUGAUACAUUUUAACCAUGCCAAUGUAUCAGCAUUUUACAAAUAAAAACAUUAUUGUAAAUCUUGAGAGUAGAGGUAGAAAAAAGAUUCACCUCUCAACCCUGACUAUAAUUAUCCACUUUCAGUUCUUUUCUUUUUUUGUUGUUGUAUGAGCACUCUUAGCUAGCACCAACGAUUCCAAGAAGACAAAACAAUAAUUAAAAACAUGAGUGACCCGAGCGGCCAAUCUUCAUCAACAACAACUGGAGCUGGAGACAAGAGCGGCGGCGGUAAUGGCGGUGGAGGUGGUGGAAGUGGUGGCUCGUUUGCUAGUCAGCCGCAGAGAGCAAAGGUGAGGAAGCAAGUGUGGGCCGGAGUUCUCAGCAUCUCUUCCGCCUCCACUAACAAAUAAUAUUAUAUUUUUCUUUUUAACC